CGAAAAAUUAAACAGAAGAACAAAGAAUGACGUCCGCAGAGCACUUCAUAAGCCUGAUAACUGUUGCUAGUGCAAAAAAACUUGCUGCAGCUUUAGUUCUCUGUUUUAUCGUAUAUCAUGGUGUGAUGCAUCUUAUUUACGGGAGUGACUCAUGCAGAUGGCUUUUGACUGAGGGAAGGUAUAAAGGUGACAAGGAAUGGCAACCCUAUGGAUGCAUGAUGCAUCAUUAUACCCAAACGGACAGCCGGAGAUGCCUCAGGUAUCUGGCAUUCAUGGGUCACCGAAACCACUUUGUAUUCACCGGAGAUGCCAGGGUUCAGCAAUUGUACAAGUCGUUUGUAUCACAGUUCAGCGUCGAUGGAAAACCUGCAGACUCAGCAAAGCUGCUUGAGAAUGCAGAUUUGAGUUUCAAUGACGUACAAUUAAAACUAAAUGUACAGUUCCUGUGGCGGCCGAGAUUGGAUGAUACUAUGUCAGAAGAUUUUAGAGGCUGGAUGGAUGGCCCAGCACCAAGUAUGGUAGUUGCCGGGUGUGCAGCAGCCGAUAUUCUAGUAAACAACGCUAGCGAGGUGAAGUUAUAUACCUAUUACAGUAGAGGACUUGUCAGACUCGUGCAACCUGCAGAUGCCUUAGCUGAAAAGGGAAUUAGACUUCUUUGGAUGAUGCAGGAUCCAGUACUGAAGGAAAGACUUCCCUCGCAACUUUCCAGUAUCGACAACACAAAGAUCAAUGUAUGCAACAAGGCAGCUACGGAGAUACUGUCUCACAGUUCGGCCCAUCUUUGGGAGAGCAGUAAAUUGGUUGGUGCUGGAGUCUUGGAACAAAGUCCAGACGGCUAUCUGGCUAGCCCUCUGUCGCUGCGCCACAAAGUACAACUUCUGCUUAACACGUACUGUAAUGAUCACAUGAAUUUUGAUGAUGGCAGUUGUUGCAGCUAUCCAGAAGCUGCCACGACUUUACAACUGCUGACAUUUUCUGUCUUAGCAUUGUGCACAGUAAUGGGUACCAGUGCUUGGAUUUACCGAAGAAUUAAUCAGUACCGUUCAGGCCACUUGUACUCGCGAGUGAUGCUCCAGGAGGUGGAAAAUAACGAUGAAUUAACCGAAUGCGAUGAUCCUAAGUCUGAACAAAAUCAGGAGAAGAAUUUUUAUUCACUAAUUACCUCGCUGGCACUUCUAUCAGUUAUUUUGGCAUAUUUUUACCUAUGCGACAGGACGAAUUUCUUCAUGAAAGAAAACAAAUACUACAGCGAAUUCAGCUUCUGGUUACCCUUGGGAUACAUAUUGGCUCUCGGUCUGUUUUUUACCGAGGAAAGAGAGGGAGGACCCAGAGCUCUAAACAGAGAGCAAACAGAUGAGUUGCGAGGACUUAUGCAAGCUGUAGUGCUAAUAUACCAUGUAACGGGAGCAAGAAAUGUUCUCCCGAUUUACAUGCACUUAAGGCUGAUCAAUUCUGCUUACUUAUUUCUAUCAGGCUACGGGCAUUUCUGUUAUUUCUGGCAGAGGGGGGAUGUAUCCCUGGUCAGAUUUGCGAGGGUUCUUUUCAGGCUCAAUUUGCUCACUGUAUCGUUAUGCUUGUGUAUGAAUCGACCAUAUCAGUUUUACCACUUCGUUCCACUGGUCUCAUUUUGGUUCCUGGUCGUGUAUGUCUUGGCUUGGUUACCGCCUAGAGUUCACUCAGGGAGUUUGGCUGAGCACGGCCCAAGGGCGUUGUUAUACCUAGCCUUAAAAUUACUAGGACUUAUGAGUGUCAUAACUAUUCUCUACAUGUCCGAGGUGUUUUUUGAGAAGGUUUUCGUGACCCGCCCAUGGAAGGCACUUUUCGUAACCACAGAUGACGAUAUACGCGAAUGGUGGUCCCGAUGGCGUGUCGACAGAUACAGUGUUGCUUGGGGUGUUGGAUUCGGUGCAGGUCUGCUAGUGCUGCAGAGGCUUGAUCAUGUUCCUGGAAUGGCACUGGCCCCUGUACUGGCACUAGUUUCUCUUGCUGCGUAUAGUACAUUCACAAUGAUUUGCCAUUCUGCCUCAGAAUGUGAAGAAGUUCACUCUUAUGUCGCUUUUAUACCGAUCGUCGGAUACAUUGUACUAAGAAAUGCAUCACUGGCUCUGCGAGGAAAGCACUCUGCGCUUUUGGCUGGUCUAGGUCGGAUUAGUCUGGAAACGCUUGUUGGUCAGGGACACGUUUGGCUGGCUGCAGAUUCCCAUGGAGUUUUAGUUCUACUACCACGAUUUCCAGUGCUCAAUCUGCUAGUCACAUCGUUUAUUUUUAUCUGCGCAAGUCACGAGAUUUGCCGGCUGACCCAUGUUCUGGCCCCUUAUGCUGUACCAAAUGACUGGAGGCAUGUUGCGCGAAACUUGUUGCUCUUUAUUGCUGUCUUGGUACCAAUCGGUAUACACGAUGGAAUGUUUUGAAUAUUUUCAUCGUUGUUUCACUGCCAGUUAAUGAACUAGGAUCGUGUUUAAAAGUACGGAAACGAAAAUCGAGGGGUACUCUGUCGAAAUUUCGAAAAAAUCCACUGUCGAAAUUUCGUACAAUUUUUCAUUUCUUCAACAUCACCAAACGUUUUCUUUUAUUAUUGCGCUGCAAUAUCUUGAAAAAUGUCUCAAAAUUCUUCGAAUUCCUGCAGUACUUGUAAG